UGAAAUGCCUUUCUUUUUUAGUUUAUAUAUAUAUAUCUUGAAUUUCCAUGAUUGAAUUAGGGCUUUUGCUUCAUCAUAUUCCCUUUCCCUCACCUGCUCUGUUCACUGAGAUCCUUUGUAUCCAGCUUGUUCUCACAGGUUUUUGCCCAGAGGAAUCUGCAUACUCAGCUUUACAAGCCACAAGGUUGAAGUCGAUUAUGGGUCUCUCAACUUAUCCUACUCCAACGGAUGCUGGUGUGCUAUGCGUGAUACUGGUGAACACCGCCAUAUCCAUCUCCAUCGUGAAGGAGAUAGUCCGGUCAAUCCUUCAUGUCAUUGGCAUCCGGAUAGCGUCCUGGGAGGAGUACAACGUUGAAGGGCCGUUGGACGGUUUUGAAUGUCGGGGAGCUCCCUCGGAGGCUUACAUGGAGGAGUUCCGCAGCAGAAAUCCUGCAGUCCCGUAUGAUUCGAUCUGCUGCAUCUCGGAGCACCUGGAGCAAAAGUGCUCUGUCUGCCUCUCGGAGUUUGCGCCAGAUGCAAUGGUAAACCAGUUGUCUUGCGGGCAUGUUUUCCACGCGAUGUGUCUCGAGAAAUGGCUCAAGUAUUGGAAUGUUACGUGCCCCCUCUGCCGGAAUUACAUUAUGCCUCUGGACGAGGAUGGUGACACUGCUCCGAUGUGAGUGUUUUUUUUUGUGGCUGUGUACGAUGUUUGUGGGAGUUUGUAUGUAUAGAGCACAGCGUGGUAGUGUACAGGCUGAGUGUUUUUAGUAGCUUGUGUACUUGUGUUUUCUGGCGAUGUUUGCGUCCUUUCACAGUGACGGGUCUCUUGUGACCAGAACUCUAUACAUUGCCGGAUAUGUACUAUGGAAAAUACUAUUCCUACUCCCAACUUUUACUUCA